CACCAUCAUCAUCAUCCAAAUUCCAUUUAUUCUAGGACAUGCUUACAAACAUACCUGUGUAACAAAGGACUAAUUGGAGCCACACUAAUUUGAGGAGCUACUAAGUGAUAUAAGUUGUUCAUCGUAACAUCGCAGUUCCGAAAGCCUGUUUGUUACAACAUCAUGAGUGAGGUGAAAAUGAUUCAGAGUGAAUUGCCCGAAGCCAUGGAAGGCUCUGCUGUUUCAUAUGCUAAGGAUGCCAUGAAACUUAGGACUACCGAGUCAGAGAUGGCAAAGCAUGUAAAAACCAAGAUGGACGCAGCAUUUGGUAAACACUGGCACUGUGUCGUGGGAAAGAACUUUGGAAGCUAUGUGACCCAUGAUCCCGGCAACUACGUGUUCUUUUACGUGGACAAAAUGGCGUUCCAGAUUAGUCGAUUCGGCUGAAAUCUACGAAAUCAUCUUACCGUUACACUCGCGUGACACACUGACCUCCCGCUUACAUACACGAAUGAAUUUACCGAAAAAAACUUGUGAUCCUGUAUGUCCACUACUUGUUCAAUUUGCUUAUUGAAUUUGUGUCUGAUUCCGCUGUCAGCUUCAAAUAUUUGGUACCGGAAUAAAAGUGUUUUACUACUGACC